GACUUUCAAGUUUUUAAAAGGAUUGCUCGUCAUCGACGCCCACAGAAGCCAAACUCGCAAGUCCAAAGAGAUGGCAUUUGCUCUUUCCUCGUUGUUCCUCCUUUGUGGGAUCGGUGGGGUGUUGACCCAAUCUUUGAAUGAAUUCUGUAAUUUCGAAGACAGCAUCUGUCCUAAUGGCUGGAUUCAGUUUGACUAUCGCUGUUACUCCUACCACGCUCGUGAAAGGACGUUUUUAGAUGCAGAGAGCGUCUGCAACGUUCUCGGUGGACAUCUGGUCUCCAUCCGCAGUUCCUUUGAAAAUGAUUUUGUUCUUGAUCUGCUUCGGAACGGUGGUAACGAUAACGUAGCCUGGAUUGGACUCCAUGAUAAAAUUUCGGAUGAGGACUACAUAUGGACUGAUGGCACCAUUGUGCGUUUCACUGCUUUUCGUCUACAACCUGAUGUCAAUGGAACUUGUGUACAGAUUUUUUCAAUUGAGGGAUUUUGGGUGGAUGCACUUUGCACUGCGACGGCCCCUUUUGUUUGCAGCCAAGAUAUUAACUGUGGCUUCAAGCGUGAUGGCGGGAAUGGUUUCAGCCGUGGUUUUGGCCAUCGUGGCUCUGGUGGCCGCUGAUAAUCUGUCAAUUCACCAUACUGUCUUCUGUCGCAAUGUAUUUCCCUAAUCACGAUGAUGCAAUGCAAUGAUAAAAUAUAAAAUUCUA